AUGCUGCGCAAGUGGUUGACCAAGCACCGAGCGCUGUCGCCCCUCGGCCCGGCGGGGCUCGCUCUGCUGGCCGGAGCUGCAGUGGUGGCCGCGUACGUCGCCACCCGCUCAAGUGGAGACGCAGUCAGCGUGCUUGACUGCAAGGAAGAGAAGACGAAGGAGAAGUGGGAGAACACGCCGCAGGACAAGCCCAAGGUGGUGCCGUACCUGCCGUCCAAGGUGCCGUGGAUCGGCAACAUGCUGCAGCUGGCGGGCAACGCGCACCGCUUCCACAGCUGGAUGGCGGAGCAGUGCAUCGCCCACAACGGCGUCUUCAAGCUGCACCUGCCCGGCCAGAGCGACAUGCUCGUGACCGCCGUGCCCGAGCACUACGAGCACGUGGUCAAGACGCAGUUCGAGCACUUCAGCAAGGGCCACCAGCAGUACGACAUGUUCGUGGACCUCAUGGGCCACAGCGUGCUCAUCAUCGAGGGCGAGCGCUGGAAGUACCAUCGCCGUCUACUGGUGAGACUUUUCAGUGCUCGAGCCCUGCGCGACCACAUGACGCCCGUGAUCCAGAGACACACUCUGCUGCUGCAGAAUGUCUUCCUCAAGGCCGCAGUCGCCAAGAAGCCCGUGGACGUGUACAUGUUCAUGCACCGCUUCACCUUCAAGGCGUUCGCCGAGAUGGUGUUCAACAACUCGCUGGACAGCAUCGACUCGGAGCACGAGCACCCGUUCGAGCAGGCUUUCGACGAGGCCCAGUCCAUCGUGGCGGGGCGUCUGCAGCAGCCUGUGUGGUUCUGGAAGCUCAUGCGCUGGCUGAACGUGGGCCUGGAACGCAAGCUCAGAGAGGACGUCGCACUCAUCGACGAGUUCAUCAUGGAGAUCAUCUCCACCGCUAUUGAGGCACGGCGACAGCGCCAAGAAGACCUCAAGGCCGGCCGACCCGUCAAGGACGCAGACAAGGAUAUUGUAUCUAUUGUUCUCGAGUGCAUGGAGCAAGAUGGCGACAUGGUGUCGCCUACAGACGUGCGCAACAUCGCCGUUGCAGCUUUGGGAGCUGGCCGCGACACUUCCGCCGACGCUAUGAGCUGGUUGCUGCACACAUUGACGCAAAACCCCCACGUCGAGGACAAACUACGCGCCGAGCUCCUGGAGAACCUUCCGAAGCUCGCAACUAGCCCCUCGUAUGUGCCAUCGAUGGACGAGGUGCAUGGUCUAGUCUACCUCGAAGCAACGAUCCGUGAGCUGCUGCGACUACAGACCCCGGUGCCAUUCACACUCAGAGAGUGUAUCCAUGACACAGUCUUCUCAGACGGUACGUUCGUGCCUAAGGGGACGAAUGUGGGCAUGUGUCACUUCGGCGCUGCUCGACGACCGGAGGUGUGGGGGCCCGACGCAGCAGAGUUCAACCCGGAGCGGUUCAUUGACCAAGAGACCGGCAAGCUCGUGCAGACGCCUAUGGCCAAGUUCAACGCCUUCAGCGGCGGCCAGCGAAUGUGCGUCGGUAAAGCUCUGGCAAUGCUAGAGAUGAAGCUCGUGAUCGCGACGCUUGUAGGUCGCUUCCACUUCAGAGAAGUCCCCGGCCAGAACGUGCAGUACGCAAUGGGGAUCACCAUCGGCAUGAGGAAUUCGCUCAUGAUGCACAUCGAGCCUGUCCGUACAGGAGCCUCUGCUGCCGCCGCAUAG